AUGAAGCUGAAUGUGGUGAUGUGGGUCGCAGCUCUGCUCGGCGCCUUCCUCCCGCGCUCCGCUGACUGUCGACCCGUUGACGCUCCCACCAGCCACCGUCCGCUCCUCCCGCGACCGCUGCUCCUUCGCCGGGGGGAUGAGUCCUCCCUCCAGCUGGGUGGAGGAUCCUCCUCUGCCCCUCCGGAUCUCCUCUCCUCACCUUCUUCCUCUUCGUCGACCGCAGUCGUGAGCCGAGCUCUGGUGCGGCUCACGCAGCGCCCCCUGCAGGCCCGGGCAGAGCGGCAGGAAGAGGUGGAGGCGCCGGAGGAGAAGGGGAAGAGGUCGGAUGAGCCUCCCAUAUCUCUGGACCUGACUUUCCACCUGCUGCGGGAGGUCCUGGAGAUGGCCCGAGCCGAGCAGAUUGCUCAGCAGGCCGACAGCAACCGCAAGAUGAUGGACACCUUUGGGAAAUGA